AGGGAGGAAGAAGGAAGGAAGGAAAGAAAGAGAAGAAAGAAAGAAAAACCCUCGUGCCGAAAAGCUAGUUCGGAUCCUCGGGAAUAAAUCCCGGGGUGGGGGGCGGGAGUUGGACCCUUUCCUUGCCAAGAGGGGCGCGCCUUCGCGUCACUGCUCCUUUUCCGGGGUUCCUCCGAGGUAGCCGCCCGACGCAGUCGGCGCUUGGAGAACAAGAGCCGCCCCCGCGGGAUCUCAGGCCCUCGGCGGCGGAAGGCGGGCGGUCGAGCGCGCCCGCGCCCCCCCCCCGCCCCUGGGGAGGCCAGUCCCCCUCCCUUCCCGCCCCGGAGCCUGUCCUUAGGGAGGGGUGGGGGCGCUCGGUAGCCGUCGAUGACCGCAGGGCUGCUGCUGCGCGCUCCUGCCUCUCGCCCGCCGCCGCUGCCGCUGCCGUUGCCCGGGGCCAGGGCGCUUGCUAUGUCCGCAGCCUCCGACAAGCCGCUCGGACCCGCCGCCGCCAUGGAGGCCGCCUCAUCCACCAGUUCCUCGACGCCCAGCAGCAGCGGCGGUGGUAGCGGCGGCGGCGGCGGUGCCGGCGGCCCCAAGACUAAGAAGAGCAACGCGGGCAUCCGCCGUCCGGAGAAGCCGCCCUACUCCUACAUUGCGCUGAUCGUUAUGGCCAUCCAGAGCUCGCCGUCCAAGCGGCUGACCCUGAGCGAGAUCUACCAGUUCCUGCAGGCGCGUUUCCCCUUCUUCCGCGGCUCCUAUCAGGGCUGGAAGAAUUCGGUGCGCCACAACCUCUCGCUCAACGAGUGCUUCAUCAAGCUGCCCAAAGGGCUGGGCCGGCCGGGCAAGGGCCACUACUGGACCAUCGACCCGGCCAGCGAGUUCAUGUUCGAGGAAGGCUCCUUCCGACGGCGACCCCGCGGCUUCAGGAGGAAGUGCCAGGCCCUGAAGCCCAUGUACAGCAUGAUGAACCUGAAUUUCAACCACCUCCCCGACAGCUACGGCUUCCAGGGACCCUCCUGCCCGCCCAGCAGCCUGCCUUUGGACGGGGGCGCCCUGGGCAUGGUCAACGUGGACGGCAUGGGUCUGGCCGGCCACUCCGUGCCCCACCUGCCUUCCAACGGAGGCCACCACGCCUACAUGAGCAGCUGCGGCGGAGCCGGGGCCGCCUCGGCCGGAGGGGAUUACGGCCACCACGACGGCUCGGUGCCCGCUUCCCCGCUGCUGCCCGGCGGAGGGGUGAUGGAGCCCCACUCGGUUUACUCCGGCACGGGGCCCUCGGCUUGGGCGCCCUCACCCGCCCCCGGCUUGAACGGCGGCGCCUCCUACAUCAAACAACAGUCGCUCUCGCCUUGCAACCCGGCGGCCAACCCGCUCUCGUCGGGCCUCUCCUCGCACUCGUUGGAACAGCCCUACCUGCACCAGAACAGCCAUAACCCUGCCGAACUCCAAGGUAAGGAUCCGGGGACGGGCGUCGGGAGCUCCGGACCCCGGCUGGAGACGGGCGGGCCCGAGCUUGGGGUGGGGUGGGGGGAACGGGUUCAAGGCUCCGGGAAAGUCGGAGGCAAACGGCCAAGCGAGUCGGGGAUCCAGCGGAAUGGGCGGCUGGAGAAGCUGAAAUCCGACAACAAAUGCAAAAGGCGCCCCGAAACACGAGAGAAUCCCCCGCAGCAAAGCUCAAAUAUCUAG